AUGAACAGUUCUUAUAUAAGGAGCGCAAGGGAGAAGGCGAUCAACACUGUUAGGGAUCUCAGUUUGGACUACGAUUUACCGGAGGACAAAUUAGAACAAAUUACUAACUCAUUUGCCGAACUAAGGAAUUUGGAUGAUCAGCUGCAGCAAAUUUCUAUUCCAACGGUUGAAGGCUCAAAUUUGACGGAAGAUUUUAACAACAUGAGGAAGAAUAUCUCAAAUUUGAACAUUACGGAUGAAGGAGCGCGAAUUUUGGAGAAUUUAUUUGAUGAAACGAUUUCUAAUGUCACUGUUUAUUUAGAUGACGCUAAGAAUGAAUUACUUGCUGACUCAUUUAUGUGCCGCCCGGUAUACGAAACUUGGCAAUCUGUUGGAACGAUAUUCUGUGGUCAGAUUGGUCGACCGCUUCACGGUAUAUGGCUAGCAUCCGCUCUAAUAUCAGUUUGUUUGAUGCCACUUAUCGUGCUUCUUGUCGGCAUCGUGAAAUACUUAUUCAAAAUGGACAAAAAAUAUGAUCCUAAAAGGGUAACUUUUUUUCAAGCCGAAAAAUUUCUCUUUUUUGGAAAAGUCAUACCACUCGAAUCAGUUUGGUUCUCUAGCCAUGCAGCUGGCAAUUUGACCUGA